AUGAAAAUUCAGUCUUUUGUAUUGAUCAACUGGUCCGCUAGUUCAACUCGAAGUAAUGGUCAGCAUUCUGAUCAUUCUCCGGUGACUGGAAUAUUCCGAAUAAAAGGGCUCUUCGUCAACUGGACUCCAUUUGUCCACUUCACUUUCCCAAACAAAGACUCCUUAGGCGACUUGCCAACCGUCAUCGAAACACCUCUAAUUCUUGCAUUUCACUCUCCAAUCUACCACUUAUCAUUUCAAACAAAGCCAAUACUAGGCCCACCCCGAGAAGAAGACCCUUCAAGCCAAUCCGGAGCUCUCCUUUCUUUCAACACUGAUUCUUCUUUAGACCCUUCAGCAAAAGAAUCUCCUUCAAGGCCCAGAACUACCAUCAUCUUCAUUGCUUUAAUACUCCUCACUUGCAUUGCUCUUUCUGCUGCCUUUGCCUUUGCUUUCCUCUUUUACUCUUCUUCCUCUUCAUCAUCUUCCUCUUCAGCUGCAGCACACAACGUGUCCCGUCCUUUGAAGAAACUGGAAAAACCAGUGGUUCUUUUGAUUUCCUCUGAUGGGUUUCGAUUUGGGUACCAAUUCAAGACCUCAACACCAAACAUCCACCGUUUGAUUGCUAAUGGGACUGAAGCUGAGGUGGGUUUGAUUCCUGUUUUCCCUACUCUUACUUUUCCCUAUCAUUACUCCAUUGCCACCGGCCUUUAUCCUGCUUAUCAUGGUAUUAUAAAUAACUAUUUUUUGGAUCCUAACACUGGUGAGGCUUUCACCAUGGCAAGUCCUGAACCCAAGUGGUGGUUAGGUGAGCCACUUUGGGAGACUCUGGUCAAUCAUGGGUUAAAGGCUGCUACCUAUUUUUGGCCUGGAAGUGAGGUAAAAAAGGGUUCUUGGAAUUGUCCUGAAAAGUUUUGUAAGUUCUAUAAUGGUUCUGUUCCUUUUGAGGAUAGAGUUGAUACCGUUUUAAGUUAUUUUGAUUUGCCUAGUAGUGAAAUUCCCGUGUUUAUGACAUUGUAUUUUGAGGAUCCUGAUCAUCAGGGUCACCAGGUUGGAGCUGAUGAUCCCGAGAUUACUGAAGCUGUUGCCAGAAUUGAUAGAAUGAUUGGGAGGUUAAUCGAUGGUUUAGAAAAGAGAGAGAUUUUUGAGGAUGUUACUAUAAUUAUGGUUGGAGAUCAUGGGAUGGUUGGUACAUGUGAUAAAAAGCUAAUUUUUCUUGAUGAUUUAGCAUCUUGGAUUGAAAUUCCAGCCGAAUGGGUUCAGUCUUAUAGUCCAUUGCUUGCGAUUCGUCCACCACCUGGUUAUGCACCAUCGGAUGUUGUUGCAAAGAUGAAAGAAGGACUGGAAUCUGGGAAAGUUGAGAAUGGGAAGUAUUUGAAGGUUUAUCUUAAGGAGGAGCUACCCAGUCGGCUACAUUAUGCAGCAAGUGACCGGAUUCCUCCCAUAAUAGGGCUGAUUGAGGAGAGUUUUAAGGUGGAACUGAAAAGGACUAAGGGAAAAGAAUGUGGAGGAUCAUAUGGGUAUGACAAUGCAGUUUUCUCCAUGAGGACUAUUUUUAUUGGUCAUGGUCCUCAAUUUGCAAGGGGAAAGGUCCCAUCUUUUGAGAAUGUUCAGAUAUAUAACUUGGUAACUUCAAUUCUCAAGAUACAGGGUGCUCCCAAUAAUGGGUCUUCAGCAUUCCCUGUGUCUGUUCUUUUGCCCAGCCAAUAAUUAUCUCCUAAGCAUGUUCCAAGUGAUCUUAGCUGCGGAAGUAUGGAGCAGAAGUGGGCAGGAAGGCUACUGCGAAGCCAAAUGACCCACGCAGAUAUGAUGAGACUGUGCAGAAGAAGGAUAUUAAUGAACUCAGGAAUUAGGAUCCUUUUAGAUUGUUGAGCUACAGGUGUUUGUACUUUGUAUCUGUAGUUACUUGGCUUCAAUUUUUCAUGCAUCUGAGCUGCAUCAUGCCAUCUGUAAUUAAUAUGCUCUUUUGUGCGAUGCUGUUACCAUGUUUUAAAAGUAGCAUCAAAAUAAAUCGGAUAGUGCAAAGUAUUCUGGUAUUGUUCUUUCUGCUUCUGUCUCCUCCUUAGAUAAGGCCUAGGUUGCUCAUCCAAUUUGGUGUCUUUUUCUAGCGCAUACCUUGGAUCCUGGAAAUUGGAAUUCACAAUUAAAUUGAAAACAAAUAAUU